UAUAAAGCUUGAUCGAGGUGAUUGCAUUUUCACCUCCGUCUCACAAUCCGGACAUCUAGCAUCUUACUGUCUCCAAGACCCCCGAAACAGUUGAGCACCUUUGGGGAAGCCCGCCGCUGCAAGUGGCAAAAUGGGGGACGACAGUGAGUGGUUGAAGCUUCCCAUCGACCAGAAAUGCGAACAUAAGGUGUGGAAAGCCCGUCUAAAUGGUUAUGAAGAAGCUCUGCAGUUGUUCAAUAGGAUAACUGAUGAGAAGAGUCCAGAGUGGGGGAAGUACCUUGGACUGAUCAAGAAGUUUGUCACAGAGUCAAAUGCGGUGGCUCAGCUUAAAGGUCUCGAAGCAGCCUUGGCCUACGUUGAGAAUGCCCACAUCGCUGUGAAGACAGCAGGUGACGUGGUGUCGGGGGUGGUGACCAAAGUGUUUAACCAGCCAAAGGCCCGUGCAAAGGAACUGGGCACAGACAUCUGUCUGAUGUACAUCGAAAUGGAAAAAGCUGAGGUGGUACAGGAUGAGCUUCUGAAGGGUUUGGACAACAAGAACCCCAAGAUCGUUGUGGCUUGUAUUGAGACUCUCAGGAAGGCUCUCAGUGAGUUUGGAUCCAAAAUUGUGACUUUGAAGCCAGUAGUGAAGGUAUUACCUAAGCAGUUUGAGUCCAGAGAGAAGGCCGUAAGAGAUGAGGCAAAGAUGCUUGCUGUAGAAAUCUACAAAUGGAUCCGAGAUGCUUUGAAACCUUCACUGCAAAAUAUCAACUCUGUCCUGCUGAAGGAACUUGAAGAAGAAUGGGUGAAGUUGCCGACAAGCCCACCUAAGCAAAGCAGGUUCCUGCGCUCCCAGCAAGACCUGAAGGCCAAGUUUCAACAGCAACAAGCACAAGGAGAAGAGUCUGGAGAGGAAGAAGAGGACACGGUGGUGGCAGUGGAUCCUUAUGAGCUAAUGGAAGCUGUGGAUAUUCUUUCCCAGUUGCCCAAAGACUUUUAUGAUAAAAUUGAAGCUAAAAAGUGGCAAGAGAGGAAAGAAGCUCUGGAAGCUGUUGAAUCUCUGUCAAAGAAUCCAAAACUGGAGAGCGGGGAUUAUGGAGAUCUCGCUAGAGCGCUCAAGAAGGUUGUGGGGAAAGAUGCCAAUGUCAUGCUGGUUUCAAUGGCAGCUAAAUGUCUGGCCGGACUGGCCUCUGGUCUCAGGAAGAAAUUUGGAACAUAUGCAGGACAGGUUGUUCCAACUAUUCUGGAAAAGUUCAAAGAGAAGAAGCUUCAGGUUGUCCAAGCCCUGCAAGAAGCCAUUGAUGCCAUUUUUCUUACUACUACUCUGCAAAGUCUGUCGGAUGACGUCCUGGCCGUGAUGGAUAAUAAAAACCCUUCUAUAAAGCAGCAAGCCUCUUUGUUUUUGGCCCGCUCCUUUAGACACUGCACUCAGGCUACACUGCCCAAGAGUGUACUCAAACCCUUCUGUGCUGCCCUCGUAAAGCAAGUGAAUGACUCUGCUCCAGAAGUGCGUGAUGCUGCCUUUGAAGCUUUGGGCACAGCCAUGAAAGUGGUGGGCGAGAAAGCCGUGAACCCUUACCUAGCUGAUUUGGAUAAACUAAAACUUGACAAGAUAAAAGAGUGCGCUGAUAAAGUCGAACUUCCAGGAGGGAAGAAGGGUGCAGGAGGGGGAGGAGCUGGAGAAAAGAAGGCAGCCUCUAAAGCACCUCCUCCUGCUGAAGCCCAAACUAAAUCCUCUGCCCCGCCCAAGAAGACUUCUGGUGCAGCCAUGAGCAAGACUGCUGGUCCACCAAAGAAAGGCAAAGCAGUUUCUGCUUCCAGUGGGAAACCCAAAAAGAACACGGAAAGUAAAGACUUCACAGAAAGUGAACUGUCGGUUGAGGUGUGUGAAGAGCGGGCAGCCGAAGUGCUUCCUGCAUCCUGUCUUGAACAGCUGGAUUCAGCUAAUUGGAAGGAGAGACUCGCCAGUAUGGAGGAAUUUCAGAGGGCUGUCGAGACUAUGGAUAAAAUGGCUAUGCCAUGUCAGGCCUUAGUCAAGAUGUUGGCCAAGAAACCAGGCUGGAAGGAGACAAACUUCCAGGUCAUGCAGAUGAAGCUGCACAUUGUGGCCCUUAUCGCUCAGAGGGGGCAGUUUUCAAAGACAUCAGCCUCUAUCGUUUUGGAUGGCUUGGUGGAUAAGGUUGGCGAUAUCAAAUGUGGUGGAAAUGCCAAGGAAGGAAUGACUGCAAUUGGGGAGGCCUGCUCGCUACCAUGGACUGCCGAACAGGUUGUGUCUUUGGCGUUUGCACAAAAGAACCCCAAGAACCAGGCAGAAACUCUCAACUGGCUUGCUAAUGCCAUGAAGGAAUUUGGCUUUACUGGUAUAAAUGUUAAAGGUUUCAUCAACAAUGUGAAGACAGCCCUCGGCGCGACUAACCCAGCUGUUCGGACAGCGGCAAUUACCCUCCUGGGUGUGAUGUAUCUUUACAUGGGAGCUCCACUCCGCAUGUUCUUUGAAGAUGAGAAACCAGCCCUCCUGUCCCAAAUAGAUGCAGCAUUUGAGAAGAUGCAAGGCCAGUCAGCUCCAGCUCCAACAAGAUUCACCAAGAAGACUGGCAAUGAGGAUGAAUGUGACAUUGCAGAGGAGCAAGACGAAGAUGUAGGAGGGCAGGACAUCAUGGACCUACUGCCCAGAACAGAGAUUAGCGACAAAAUCACUUCUGAUCUGGUUUCUAAAAUCGGAGAUAAGAACUGGAAGACUAGAAAGGAGGGCCUUGAUGAAGUUGCAGCCAUCAUCUCAGAAGCAAAAUUCAUCACAGCCAACAUCGGGGAGCUCCCUUUGGCCUUGAAAGGACGACUCAGUGAUUCCAACAAGAUCCUGGUACAACAGAGCCUGACGAUCCUGCAGCAGCUUGCCUCAGCUAUGGGGCCUGGACUCAAACAGCAUGUUAAAACACUAGGGUUCCCCAUCAUCACUGUGCUUGGAGACAGUAAGCCCAAUGUCAGGGCAGCUGCAAUGGCCACUCUGCAAGCCUGGGUGGAGCAGACUGGGAUGAAAGAAUGGCUGGAAGGCGAGGAGCUAUCAGAGGAGUUAAAGAAGGAAAAUCCCUUCCUACGCCAGGAGUUGUUAGGCUGGCUAGCCGACAAGUUACCCACCCUGAGAUCCGUGCCGGGGGAUCUGAUGGGUUGCAUACCCAAUCUAUAUGCAUGCCUAGAAGACAGAAAUGGUGACGUGAGGAAGAAAGCUCAGGAUGCUCUCCCCACAUUCAUGAUGCACCUUGGCUAUGACAAGAUGAACAAGGCUACAGGCAAACUCAAGGCGUCUUCCAAAGACCAGGUCUUAGCCAUGUUAGAAAAGGCCAGAGCAGUGAUGCCAGCUAAACCUGCACCUCCUGCCAAAACUGGAGGAGCUAAAGGCCCAUCAGAGACAAGUAGAGGAGCCUCCAGGUCUCAGGCAGUCAGUGAAGAUACUGCCGAUAAUAAACCUGAAGCUAAAAAGGUCAGAGGGGGAGUAGCUGCCAAGAAGCAACCUUCUCCCCCUGAGGAACCUGACCCUACCCCUCCCUCAAAGGACAAGGACAGUAAUGCUAAUAAAAAGCCCCUCAACAAAGGGAAGACUGCUGCUGGCAGUCAACAGAGUGCAACUACCAAGAAGCCUGCAGCCAAAGGAAUGAAAGACGAUGAGGAUAGGUCUGGGCCCCUCUUCAUCCUUGUCCCCAAUGCUAAGGAGCAGAGGAUCAAAGAGGAGAAGCAACUGAAGAUUUUGAAGUGGAACUUCAUCACUCCUCGAGAUGAAUAUUUGGAGCAGCUUAAAACUCAGAUGUCUACCUGCUUUGCCAAGUGGCUCCAGGACGAACUCUUCCAUCUUGACUUCCAGAGACACGUCAAGGCCAUUAGUGUCAUGAUUGAGAGGUUGGAGAGUGAGAGUGAUGCAACCAUAAGCUGUCUGGACUUAAUUCUGAAGUGGUUCACUCUGCGCUUUUUUGACACCAACACCACGGUCCUUAUGAAAGUGAUGGAGUAUUUGAAGCUGCUUUUUACCAUGCUGGACAGGGAGAACUAUCAUCUCACGGAGUAUGAGGCCAACUCCUUUGUCCCCUACCUCCUACUCAAGGUUGGGGAAUCUAAGGAUGUGGUUCGCAAAGAUGUCCGGGCAAUACUGGCCAUGCUAUGUAAGGUUUACCCUGCUUCAAAGGUCUUUCCUUACCUCAUGGAUGGUACCAAGUCCAAAAACUCCAAACAAAGAGCUGAAUGCCUUGAGGAGUUGGGUUGUUUGAUAGAAGGCUAUGGAAUGAAUGUAUGCCAACCAGCUCCAGCCAAGUCUCUGAAAGAGAUUGCAAUUCACAUUGGUGAUAGAGACACUUCUGUCCGAAAUGCUGCUCUAAACACGGUAGUGGCCGUCUACAACGUCUGUGGAGACCAAGUCUAUAAACUAAUUGGGAAUUUGUCAGACAAAGAUAUGAGCAUGUUGGAAGAGAGGAUCAAACGUUCGUCAGCGAGGAAGACGGCUGGCGCUCCAGCCAAGCAGAGUGCAAAUGAGCGGUCUCCAAGAGAUCAUUCAGCGAACCCCAAUGGCACUUUCCUUCGCAAGUCUGCACAGGAAGAACCCAACAAACUCAAUCAAGCCCGUCAAAAUGCCCACCACAGUGAGUCCUCUCACAUGCCAAUCCCCAAGGAGUUCCAAUUAGACCUGGACAUGAUUGAGAUGGACCAGAGCAGAGUAAACGAGCUGCCGGAUCUUGUCCAGCACAAGCUUGAUGAGCUGCUGGAACCCAUUGUGAUCCCUGAGCCCAAGAUGCGUGCCAUUUCUCCACACUUGGAUGACCUCCACAACAGCACUGCGUCCACCAUAAACUUUGUCAUCUCUCAGGUGGCCAGUGGAGACAUUAACACCAGCAUACAGGCACUUGCACAGAUUGAUGAAGUAUUGUGGCAAGAGAACAAGGCAGAGGUCAUGUCAGGACACAUUGACCAGUUCCUCAUUGCCACCAUCAUGCAGCUGAGGCUCAUCUAUAAUACCCACAUGGCAGAUGACAGGCUGGACAAGAAGGUUAUAUUUAAACUAUAUAGCUGCAUCCUUGGCAACAUGCUGUCUUUAUUUUCUUUGGAGUCUUUGGUGAGAGAGGCAUCCAUGGGUGUGUUGAAGGACUUGAUUCAUGGCCUGAUAACAUUGAUCCUGGACAGCAGAGUGGAGGACACUGAGGAGGGGCAGCAGGUCAUCAGAUCUGUAAACAUGCUCGUCGUCAAAGUGCUGGAGAAGUCUGACCAAACCAACAUCAUGAGUGCCCUAUUGGUGAUGCUUCAAGACACUAUGGGCCCAACAGCCGGGUCCCCCAUGUUCUCUGAACUGGUGAUGAAGUGCCUCUGGAGGCUCAUCCGCCACCUCCCGGAGACCAUCAACAGCAUCAACCUAGAUCGGAUUUUAUUCGAUGUUCACAACAUCAUGAAGGCUUUCCCCAAAGAGAAACUAAAGCAGCCAAAGAGUGACGUUCCACACAGAACCCUCAAGACUCUACUACACGCGCUUUGCAAGCUUACUGGGGCUAAGAUCCUGGACCACUUUUCAAUGAUUGAGAAUCGAAAUGAAUCUGAAUUAGAAACCUAUUUAAGGCGGGCUGUCAAACACUCUGGUAACCUGUUUGGUAGCAAGAGUGACCGAGGUAACGAGAAGGGUGGUCUGCACAUGGAGGAUGGGAUGCCAAAGGCAAAGGUCCAUGACAUUCUCACUGAAAUCUUCAAGAAGAUCGGCUCCAAGGAGAACACUAAAGAGGGUUUGACAGAGCUGUACGAGUACAAACAAAAGUGUACCGAUGUGGACCUUGAGCCCUUCCUCAAAAGCACAACCCCAUUCUUCCAGAGUUACGUGGAGCGAGGGCUUCGGAUGAUCGAGUCCGAGCGAGAGGGCAAACCUCGCAUUCAGAACCCGGCAGUGAUUGCACAGCAUGCUGCUGACAACAGUCUGAGCAGUAAUGAUGAAGAUCUAAAGCCGGCGGUCUACUACGAGAGACUCAAGAUCUUACGCCAGAGGCAAGGCCUAGAAAACACCAGGAGCAUCGGUGGAGGUGAUGAUGAGCCCCAACAGCGAGCCCCCAUCUCCUCGCUGCUGUCAUCCAAGCCGUCGGUAGCCUCCUCCACAGACAUGCUCCACAGCAAGCUGUCGCAGCUCAAAGAGUCCAGAGAGCUCUAUCAGCAGGAACACAACACUCAGCCACGCUCGCCGUCCAAUGCGCACACCCGCUCGGCCUCGCCCGCGGCUAACCUGGGGGACCUAAAAAAGCGUCUGGAACGUAUAAAGAACAAUCGGGAGUAGGAACUCUGCAGUUGUACCACCUGUUGGUCGUAACCGGCAUCCCCGUUUUACGGCACGUUCUGUUUCUCUUCCUGCGCUCAUAAUGGACAUUUGGAACCCAAACGCCACUUUUCCUGUGUAUAUAUAAAAAACAUCCAAUAGAUAAUUCAGCUCAA